AUGCUUGUGGCGCCAGGCGGGACGAGCAUCACGACGCAUCCCCAGUACAUCACUGAUGGGCUCGACGAGUCGGCGCUCCUGCCGCGGCCCAUGGACCUCUUCCAAAAGUGGUUCCACGAGGUGCAGGCGGCGGGCGUGCCGGAGCCCGAGGCGAUGACGCUGUCGACCACGGCGUUGCCAGGCGCCCCGCCACCCGCGGCCAGCGCGGCUAGCGCCGACAAGGCUGCAUGGCGUGUGCACGCGCCGCGGCCCAGCUCGCGUACCGUGCUGCUCAAGGGCGCAGACGAGCACGGGUUUUACUUCUACACCAACUAUUCGUCGCGCAAGGGCGACGAGCUCGCCGCGAACCCAUGGUGCGCGCUCUCGUUCUAUUGGCCCGCUGUGCACCGCGCCGUACGCGUGCUGGGCCGCGCGGAGCAGCUUCCGCGCGGGGUGUCGCAGGCGUAUUACAGCACGCGACCCGUCGGCAGCCAGAUCGGCGCUUGGGCCAGCCCCCAGAGCGCCGUCUUGCCAUCGCGCGCUGCCCUGGAGGAGCGCGUCCAGGCAUGCGAGCACGAUUUGAGGGCCGAGUAUGGCGAAGUGGCGUUCCCGGUGCCGCCGUUUUGGGGCGGCUACCGCGUCGUGCCCGACGAAAUCGAGUUCUGGAUUGGCCGCGAGAGUCGCCUACACGAUCGCUACCGACGCGCCCGUAUCGGAUGCGGCCUCAUGGACGAUUGA